AUGCGCUGGCUCUUCGUCCUCGCCGUUCAACUCUCUUGCUUGUAUUCCGGUCUGAGUGCUGCACCGGCUAUCGGAAAAGCGAUUGACGGGUUGGGCUCUGAGGAAUAUGAUCCAUCACUCUUCAGACUGAGCGAUCCACCUGCGAUUCCGGGGGCAAUACCGACGCAUCCGAAGCCCUCUGCCAAACCAUUGACGUCUGACCCGCCAUUACUGUCUAUCAGGCCAUUACCUUCUGCUCCGCCAUUACCGAACAGCCCCUACGGGCCUGUGGCAGAGGCCUAUUAG